AUGAAGACGUUCAUUGUGUUGAGUCUGGCGGUGGCACUGGUGGCCGGUGCCAGUCUGGAUAAGUCCUCUGCUAAGGAAGCACAGGAUCGCAAACUGGACGGACAGUCCAAGAACCAUGGCAAGCGUGGUUUACUUGACUACGGUUACGGCUACGCCAAGGAACCAGAGCUGCAGGGUGGCUUUAAGCCCUCCUUCGGAUACGACAUCACCGUAAACGAGCAUCAUGUACCACAGUUUAAGACCUAUUCUGCUCCCGAAUAUCACCACAACCAGUACGCGCCGUUUCACAAGGAACCAACCGUGUACAACUGGAAGGAAGAGAAGCACACCAUCAUCACCAAGAAAGUCCCCGUACCGUACCCGGUGAAUGUGGAGAAGCAGGUGGUGAUCGAAAAGAAGGUCCCAGUCCAUGUGCCAGUGAAGGUGCACGUCCCGUAUCGCGUGGAAGUGGAGAAGAAGGUCCCCGUGUACGUCGAGAAGAAGGUUCACGUUGAUCGUCCGGUGCCGUAUCCGGUGAAGGUGAAGGUUCCAGUGUACCACAAGGUGGAAGUUGAAGUUCCCAAGCCGUACCCGGUUCACAUUCCCAAGCCGUACCCGGUGUACAUCGAAAAGGAAGUUCACGUCCCGGUCGUUCACCGUGUGGAGGUUGAGAAGCCGUACCCGGUGUAUGUGGAGAAACCGGUGCUAGUGGAGCAGAGCCACGAGCAUAGCCACGAGCAUAGCCACGAGCAGGAGCACACCGUGCAUCACAACAUUCGCCCAGUUGGCAUCAAGUCUACGGACUUCAUCUCCGAGCCUAUCAAUGUUGCCGAGCACGAACAUCAGUACGGUGAGGAGUCGCAGAAGAUCGAACGUAAGGUGGAAAGCAAUCAGAAGUCUGCUUCGGACGCUGCCAGCGAACAGUCGAAGGAGUCGGAAAAAACAACCGAAAAGGAAUCUGCUCACGCUGGGGCGGCCCCCGGUUACCGUUCACCAAUCGGUGAGAUGAUUUGCAACGGGAUUCGUGAAGAUCUUCACGAUCCGUCCUACAGUUUGGGCGAUCUGUGGAUUGUUUCACUUCUCACGCUGUCGCUAGCAAACGCGCAUCUGUUCAAGAAAAAGCUUAUACUCAGCUCGGAAUCUGACGGUGGCCAUAGCGGUGGAGGCAGCUUUUCCUUGGGUGGCGGAAGUUUUGGACUAUCGUUUGGAGGUGGCCUGCACGGUUCCGGAGCUGGUGGUGGUCAUGGAGGCUCUGCUGGAGGAGGCUAUGGAGGAGGAUCCGGUGGUCCGAGUUACUCAAACGGGGGACAUACUGGAGGAUACGGUGGAGGUGCUCCAAGUCAUUCCGGUUCAGGCGGUAGCCAUCAAGUAGCUGGAAGCACUGCUUUUGCAAGUGCAAGUGCAAGUGCCAGUGCAAGUGCAGGAGGUGCCUCAUCGGGACACACCGGUGAACAUUCCAGUUAUGCUCCAUCACACGGAGGAUCGUCUGGAUACGGACAUAAUGGCGGCAAUGUUGGUGGACAUGCAGUAAAUGCCCCGUCCGACCAUCUUACACCUCCAGCGGGAACGGGCAGUGCCGGUGGUUAUCAAGGAUCGGGUGGAGCGUCUCACAGCUAUGGCAACAGUUUCGCGAACGCUGGAGCUAGUGCCGGAGGACAUGCAGGUGUACCUCAAGGUUCGACGGGUGGUUCUUAUCAUGGUGGUGCUCCACAACAGUCAUAUGGUGGGGCCGGACCAGCUCCUUCCAGCGGAUAUGGUGGAUACAGUGGAUCAGCUCCUUCUAAUGGACACGGUGGCCACGGUGGACACGGUGGUUUUACGAAGCAAAUCACCAUCACUAAACACGUCGAUAACAGUCCUCCUCCGCGACCGAUCGUUAUUGAAAAGCCUGUCCCAGUACCGGUCGAUCGACCCUAUCCGGUGUACAUCGAGAAAGAGGUACCUGUGACGGUAGUGAAGGAGGUCCCAGUUCACUCGGGAGGUGGUGGUGGAGGUAGUUACGGAAGUGGUUCGGGCCAUGCUGCAGCCAGUGCGAGUGCCAGCGCAAGUGCGCACGCGGGAGCAAGUGCCGGUGGAUUCGGUGGUAAUUACGGUGGUUCUAACGGAGGCGGUUACGGAGGUAACAGUGGGCAUGCUGGAGGAGGCUAUGGCGGUGUAAAUGGGGGAAGUGUUGGAGCAGGUGGUGGAUACGGUGGUGGUAGCCAUGGUGGAGGUCAUGGAGGCGCAUCGUUCACCAAGACGAUUACAUUUGAGAAAACCUUCAACAAGCAUAAACACCAUCUCCAUCACCACGGAUGGUAGAAUGUGUAAGAUUUCCUCAUGGUUGACGGGAAAUGGAUGAUCGUCGUAUCGGACAUU